AGCCCAGGCCGGCUCAGAACUCCUGUUUCCACUGCUCUGUUGCCUGUGAGCCUGCCCACCCCGGUACCAACAUGGCCCAUGAGCAUCCUGCCUGCACUCUGGAGCCCAAGGACAUCAGUCAGCUGCUGCUUUCCUCCCAGGAGGCCAAGAAGUCAGCCUACUGCCCCUACAGCCACUUUCCCGUGGGGGCUGCCCUGCUCACCAAGGACGGCAAGAUCUUCUCAGGGUGCAACAUAGAAAAUGCCUGCUACCCACUGGGCAUCUGUGCUGAACGGACUGCUAUCCAGAAGGCCGUCUCAGAAGGGUACAAGGACUUCAGUGCCAUUGCUAUUGCUAGUGACUUGCAAGAUAAUUUUAUCUCGCCUUGUGGAGCCUGCAGGCAAGUCAUGAGAGAGUUUGGCACCAACUGGGCUGUGUACAUGACCAAGCUGGAUGGUACGUAUGUUGUCAGGACAGUCCAGGAGCUGCUGCCUGCCUCCUUUGGGCCUGAGGAUCUGCAGAAGAUGAAGUGAACGCCAGAGAACACCCAGCCCUGGGACAACUUGGGUUCCCACAGGUGCUUAAGGGAGAAUUUCAUAAAGACAGCCUCACCGACCUGGGGACACCUGCCAAAUGGGCACAACCCUAAGGGGCUGGACAGGGAUAGAUGACGUUUCCAAAUGAUAUUCAAAGGGCUUCCCUCCAGCCUGAGCCAGGGCCCCUUCUUGCAACCCACCUUGUCCUGCCUGAGACUCACAACACUCCCACCUCUUCUCUUCCUUCCCAUGGGCCCUCUUUAAAACUCCAGCCAAGUCUGGACUGCUUCCCCCUGGCCUUCCCAAGGUUUUAGCCUGUUCCGAGCAACUUUUCUAAUUAUAAACAUCACAGAACA